AAGUUGAGUGUAUCGUGAAAAAAAGUGUAAACACUAGAAAAACAAAGAAACAAGAAAGUGUAACACUUUUACACUUUUCUUACACUUUUCAAGAACUAGUGUUACACUUAAAACAAAGGAACAGACCUUUUAUGUUCCGAGUACUCUAAUCAGAGACCAUAGACUUCCGUUUUGCAGACUGUCAUUUAUCUGUCACCGACGUAUUUCCUAUAUGGCUUCCACAUCCGCCUUCUUCUCGGCUUUCUUGUUCUUUUGAUUUGGCUUGGCGUCACUUGCGUACUGCUGGCAUAUUACUGCGUAGUAUUAAUUCUAAGCGGUAGUGUUUUUUCGUUCAUACAUUGUUAAUAAUUACAUUAUUAAUACUAAUUUACUAUAAAUAUGUCUUAUAGUACGCGAAGAAGUACUGGAUAUAAUACCCCACAAACCCAGAACGUGGGAAAUGUCGGCCAACGGAGACCGGUGGUUACAAAUAAUUUUGUCCAAGGACAACAAAAACCACCACAGCAGCAGCAGCAGCAGCAGGUACAACAAAAUAAACCAACAACACCAGCUACUGCAAGACCACAGGCUACAACUCCACAGGCAGGAAUUCAGUUCAGGGCUCAGCAACAGACACCACAAGCAAAUCAACAAGCUGCGACCACACAAGCAGCAGCAAAUGCUGCAAGACUACAACAGCAGGCACAAGCACAACAAAUAAAGCAUGAUGCGGAUCAAUCUAUGGAUGCAACUAAUGGUUCAGACUCAACUGAAGUAAAGAAGAAGCCAUUUUGGGCUAAUAAGACUGGUUCGAAGGUGACCAAAAGAGAAAGAGUACGUAGGCGCAAUGUUAGAUUAAGCAAAAUAUUACAACCCAAGAAUGCUGUUAUGAUAUUAAACGAACUAGUGAGAAACACUAGUUAUACAGUUGAUGAAUUAUCCCAGAAAUAUGAUGGCAACCAAUUUAAAGCUACAGUGUUAUAUGAAGGAAUAGAACAUGUUGGUUAUGGUCGUAGUAAAAUAAAUGCAAAGAACACAGCUGCCGAAGCUGCAUUAAAACAUUAUGUAAAGACUAAUAAAUUGACUGAGGUGAAGAAAGAUGAUGAAGGAAAUGAAAAAAUGGAUGUAUCUGAAGAUGACGCAACUCAAGCACCUUUACCAUGGCAACAUGUUGCUUCAUUUGCUCUGUACAAACUGUUUUCCUCAUGGGGAGAAGAUCUCAAUGUCAAUCAAAAUCAGUCAAUACCUAGUGGAGAAAAACUGCAUGAAAACAAGCCUGCUAAGAAAAUGCCUGAAAAUCCAGAUACUAUUAAUCCAUUAAUGCUUGUGAAUCAGAUGCUACCACAAGCACAAUUUGAGGAAAUUGGAAAAACUGGAAAUCCUCCAAAUGUUCUUUUUUCAUUCAAAUGUAUUGUUGAUGGAGAAUCAUUUAUUGGAACAGGUUCCAACAAGAAAGCUGCAAAGAAAAUGGCUGCAUUCGGAGCUUGCAGCAAAGUAUUGGGUAUACAAUACCCACCAGAUGUUUAUGUAUCAACUAAGUAAUUCAUUUAUAUUAAUGACAUAUACAUUAUGUAUUCGGAUUUUACAUAACUAUUUAUUGUAUUAAUGUAUAAUGUGCAGUAUCAUUCAGACCUAGUAUUUUAAGAAUUUAUUUUAAGUUUUUAUUCAUACACACAUUUUUUUAUGAUUAUACUAGUUAAUGCUGUUAAGUCAUAGAUAAGAUAGGUAGAUGUUAAGUCAUGUUUGUUCUCAUUUUUUGUAACUUCGGCUUGUAAUAUUUGUGGAAGUUAAAAAGUAGAUUGUUUCAUUUUCUAUUAGUACAAAAAUGUUGAACAACAAUUCAAUAUUUUACAAAAGUCAAGUGGUUUUAAUGUAUCUUUGGUUUAUUUAACAAAAAAAUUUAAUUGGAUAGAAAUUGCAUAUAUUCUGAAAACCAUGCUAUAACUGCCAGAUUUGUGAACAAACAAUAGCAAGUUCCUAAGAAGAACUUCCGUAGCAGCUAUACAAAUUUAAACCUCUGUUUAAAAAAUCUGAAUUAAGAGUAUAUGAUAUAGGCACAUAAAAGUGAUGUCGAAAUUAGGAGUACAAAAUGUUAAUUUUUAAUAAUUAAUUUGGCAUAUGAGACUAACUGAAGGCAAACAAAACUUAAUAACAUCAUAAAAUCAUUGCAAUAAAAAACUGAAAACUUUUUGUCUUCCAUGUUUUUAUGUGGCGCAGAAGGUACAAAAACGUAAAUCUGUAAUUUAAAACAAUUACUGUUUUUUUAUACGUAGUUCUGGCAAAGUUUUACAUUUGCAUUUUAGAAAAAUGUGUUUCAUGUUGUGUAGUAAAGCCAAAUUUAGUUAACUGUAAAAAUAAAUUACAAAUUUAUUUUGGUUGUGAAUUGGCCCGAAAAUUUUUUUUAUAUCUACAUUUAUUCAGUUUUGCCAAACUACUAACAGAUACGUAUUUUCGAAUAUCCUUUUGAUUUUAACAAAGAGCAUUGAUUAUUUUAAGCUUCUAGAUGUGAAAUAAACGGUCAACCACA